CAGAUUUGAUUAGCUAAAAAUUAGGUUUAGAUUGAGUUGACGGUUCGUAUUAGUUAGUUCAUCAAAAGACCCUUCGCUGAAGCUUCGGCACCACGUCAAAAGUCUUCGACUGCAGCUUCCUUCGCACUUUCCUGGGAAAAAACAUCCCAAGCGUUUCAUUACCUUCUCCUCCUCCGCCUCCCAUUCUUCUUGUAAUGAAAUAUAAAUUAACCAGCUGAGAACAAGAGAGACGAAGAAGAGAAAAGAAUUGGGAUCUAUUUCAUGACGAGCGCUGCGGAGCUGUUCUAUAACCGGAGGUUUCGCUUGGGCCGGAGCUCGGAGCCGGAGCCAGCGCUCGGGCUUCUCCCCUCAUCGGACCGAGACACCAGCCUCCGCCAUCCCCGCCGCCGCCACGGGCAUCGCGACCGGCCCCACCGCCGCGGAGAUGGCUGCGAUUCUUCCCGCCGCUUCAACGCUGGGGCUCCCCCGGCCCGGCAUCCCAGCCACCACCGCGCUUCCCAAAUGGUAAGUAUAACGUAUAUGAAGGAACAUGAAUCAGUUUGGUUAGAUAAUGAUGCUGCCAUGAUAUCUGGGACACCCAACAAUAAUUAUGGUGGAACUGCCAGCAGCAGAGCUGAAGGGAUGAGAUUUCUUAGAAACGAUCGACUUCCUGGUACUGUAAUACAGGCACAGGCAAGGCUUCUAGAGCGACUUAGAGGAAUUUCUCUUACGGGAAGCAGGUUGACAACCACAGGUUCAGGUAUCUCAUCAGGUGAACUUGCGGUCAGCAAUGACUUCAUCAUCAGCAACUCUGCAGACUGGGAAUCUGAGACUCCAGGAGAGUGGUUUGAAUCAGGCGUACCAUAUAGAGACCUCACCCAUGAUGCAGAAGAUGUAUAUUCUCUGCAAAAUGUUUGCAAGAAAAAGCCUCCUGGACUCAGCUGGGAGGCUAUCUGCAGUCUGCAGCUAGAGGUUUUCAAAUAUGCAGAGAAAGGUGGAACAUUGCCUGAGUGUUCAAUAUGCCUGGAGAAGUUCUUGGAGGGGGAUGAGCUGAUUCAGCUCUGUUGUGGUCAUAGGUUCCAUUUCACUUGCUUGGAGCCAUGGGUGCGGGCUUGUGGGGAUUGCCCCUAUUGUCGGGCAAGUAUAUAAUCUUUUGAUUAUGGUGCUACACAUACACACCAAUGAUGGACCCCUCAGUCAUUUCUUCUCAUAAUGUAUCCUUGCAAGUUACAUGCCCAAUGCUAGAGAUGCCCACAAAACCGAUUUUGUUCUUGUGAUGUCAUGUGUAGUGAUAGAUUAACAGGGGCGCAACUUGUACUGGAUCUACUUGUUAUUGUGGUGUGUCUAAAAUAUGAUAUGUUGUUCAAUUUUUUUUUUUUUUGUAUGAAUUGUUUAAAUUUGUUUUGGAACAAAAUUAGUUGAAAGAUUCCAAUUCAAAUUUGGUCUUCUGCCA